CGAGGGCCGUCCUCGCCUUCGCCGCGGCCGUCGGCGAGGAGUUCGCCGGGAAGGGCGCGAACGUGAUCCUCGGUCCCGGCGUGGACGUGUCGCGAGUGGCUCGCAACGGCCGCAACUUCGAGUACCUGUCGGGGGAGGAUCCCUACCUCGGCUCGGUGCUGGCCAGGUCGUACGUCAGAGGGGUCCAGUCGAAGGGCGUCGCCGCGGUGAUGAAGCACUGGGUUUUCAACGUGCAGGAGACGAACCGUGAGUCCGAGUCCUCCGUGGUCGACGAGAAGACAGCCUGGCAGCUCUACUACCCGCCGUUCCAGGCUGCGGUGGACGCCGGCGUCUCCGCAGCGAUGUGCUCGUACAACAAGAUCAGUGGCGUAUACUCUUGCUCGAACGAGGACACCCUCAAGAGGGAUCUGAAGGGCAAGAUGGGCUUCAAGGGGUUCGUGCAGUCCGACUGGUGGGCAGUGCACGAUAUGAGCGCGGGGAAGGGGCUCGACCAGGAGAUGCCCGGCACGGGAGAGCACGUGUACUUCGACGACGGGGCGCUGGACUCACAGGACGAUGGCGUGGUGGACGACGCCGCCAAGCGGGUCCUCGCGGCGAUCCACCGUCUCAACCUGACGAAGUCCCUCAAGUGCAGUCCCCCGGACUGCGAGGACACGCUCAUGACCGACGUCACGAGCGAGGCGCACACGGCGAUGGCGCGCAGAAUGGCGACCGAAUCGGUGGUGAUGCUCAAGAAUCAGGGCGACGUGCUGCCGCUGUCCAGCGCAACCACCAGGGUGAUCGCGGUCUGCGGCCAGGCCGCCGACGC